CGCUGUCUCAGUCCGAAACAUUUUCCCAUCCAAUAAUUUCCGAACGUUUUUUAUUUCAUUUUAUUUUUUACUUAAAAUUUGCCGUGUGGUUUUGUAGGUUAAAACAACUUUGAUCGAGUUUUUAUAGGGCGUUCUCCUGAGGCUUGUCGGAAAUCCAGAAAUAUAUGUUUAUAUGCUUCAAGGAAGAGAGAGGAAUUAAGGAAGAAAUGUUUGCAACUUUGAUACAGCAACUGGAAGCUAAUUUUUCUUUAUUUGGAAAUCUUCUACAUUAUGAUCUUGCUCCAAAAACUGACAGAAAUUACUUCUUGAGUGUGAUGGAACAGCUAGAUUAUUCAUUUUUCUCAGUUUUGUCACAGGUUCGGCAUAAGCAAUAUUACAGCAGUUGAAUAUUUUAUUACUUUCCAUUCCGAAGAUUGUUUGCAGACAGUAAAAAGACAAUGUACAUGUAUAAUGGGCCUUUUGUUUUGUUUUGUUUUUAGUAACAUCAUGAAUUUCAUUUCCAAAUAUGGUCCGGAUAAGGCGCCAUUCCCAUUGGUCUAUGUAGAUCGACCAAGCUCUGCGGGGACUUUCGCUGAGUGCAAUCAGCUUAACAGAUUAACACGAAGGCUGUCACGUUGGAAACGAGAGGAGGCGUGUCAUUCAAUUAAGAUGAUUGCACUUAGUGAGAGCAAGGAGUUAUAACAACAACUCCUUGACACACAGGUAAAACCUGACAAAUUUCGAGAAGCUAUGAAGCAAAUCGUCCAGGUCAACGCCCUGCAGGACAUUAGCUACCCAGAAGAUGCAGCCAUCCAUAUGAGAAACGAAAGAAUAAAAGAAGGUCAUAAAUGGAUCGUUAAACUCAGAAAAAGACUCUUAGAAACAUUGGCGGAGGACAAACCUAAUUAUGACGCUGCACGGGACUGGCUGGGUGAAAUUUUCCACACCCUUCAAGAUUUCUACAGCAAUACCAAUUGGAUAGAACUUAAUUCCGAGGAGGAGUUUUAUAGUAAUUUAGGUCUCGAAGAUCGUGUUCUUAUGCCAAUAGCACAUUCACAGACACCUGUAUGCACAGAUUGUAAUGACGCAGACGGUACUUGCGAAGAUAACCUGAUUGACAUGGGCGAUGUUCUGACCAGUGGCUAUUAUAGUAUGGAAGACCCUGCUGUUAAACCAGAAGAAGAUGGAAAGUGCAGCCAUGGUGGAGCAUCUGAUCUGACCAGGAUCAUGUGGCCUAAGGGGGGCAUCAACAAAGAAACCAAAGAUCCAAAAAAAUCACCGCAUCAUUAUUAUCACGACAAGGCAGCGACCGCGGCUAAUAAACAUGUAGAAUUUUUCUUAGACGACCCAGUCACGGGGCUCCGAACACUGAUAGGAGACCAGAAAUUCAAAGAGCUCUUCCAAAUUGGGUCAAUGGUAUCGAUGGUGUUUGUUAUUGAUGACACCGGUUCCAUGGCGGAUGAGAUAGAUGCAGUAAAAGAUGAAUGCAUCAGAGUCGUCGAAACUACAUCCGGGACAGUUAGAGCUCCAUUUAAUUAUAUUCUUUCUACGUUUAAUGACCCAGAUGGUAAUCCCAGUAUACCAAAAGGAGAAUUGACAAUUACCCAGGACUCCGAAGCAAUGAUAGACGCGUUGCAAAAUCUGUAUGCUCAAGACGGAGGUGACUGCCCAGAGCUUGCCAUGUAUGGGCUGGCAGAAGCCAUUAAGGUAUGUCAGCCUGGUUCUACAAUAUACUUUUUCACGGAUGCUCCUGCAAAAGACGCAGACAGGGAGGGAGAAAUUGAACAGCUUGCCCUGGACAAGAACGUCAAGAUUGAGACGGUGUUGACGGAAGGAUGUAUUGCCAGAAAAAGGCGCAGUUUGCAAGAAAACAGUAAAAGGUCCAGACAGAAACGUGCACUCUUCACGCCACCUAGUUUGUAUACGAAAUUAGCAGAGGCCACUGGAGGGACCGUGUAUAUAACAGAUAACACUCAUAUAAGCAGUGUUGUUAGUAUUAUUCAGGAAGCUACAAGAACAGCCACUGUAAGCGUCACACGGUUUAUCAGCGAUGACAGUUCCAGAAAUUUCACAGUGGACAGCCAAUUAAGUGAACUAUCUGUUAAAAUACUGGGCUCUUCUUAUACACCUUCUAUAAGAGUCAUCUUGCCUGAUGGAACCUCUCAUCCAAUGAGUGGCAGUGAUUUUAACGUUACAAGCCUAGGACCAUAUGCCAAAGUUUUUACGUUUAAGAACCCUCCGCCAGGAAUCUGGUCAUAUCAGCGCCUGUCUUCAGUAGAGAGCUGGCAGGUGGACAUAACUGGGCAGAGUAUGCUGGAUUUUCUCUAUGAUUUCCUGGAAAAAGAUGAAGUUACUGACACAUUGUAUGCUGCCACGGGACGUCCAAUCGCCGGAGUCAACACAUCUAUUCUGAUCAGGGUGACCGAUGUGUACGACAAUAAUUCUUUGACAACAGUAAAACUUCAAGAUGAGGAUGGUAAUACCACCAGUGAAAUAUGGCCUCUCAGGGGCGGUGAGCAACUGCGCAACUACUAUUUUGCAACGCAAGUUCUACCAUCAGAGAGUUUUCGUCUGGCCAUCGAGGGCUAUGACAGCAGAGGGUAUAGAUUUACAAGGCUGUCUACUGCCAUGGUUAAAACAGUAGGACUGAAGCUUCAGGUCCAUCCUAUACCAGCCUUAUACACUGGGGAAACCGUCUAUGUAAAUUAUACAGUAACCAAUACUGGACCAGCAGGCAACUUUAAUGUGUCAAUCCUCGACACUGAACAUUUGGUCACUGGAUCAGCGUUUUCAGUGUUCUACCUAUCCGAAUAUGAAAAUAGGACUGGUUCUUUCACCCUGUAUGGGGGUAUUGAUCCAAACGUAACAAGCACGAUGACAAUAUCGGUGGCGCCCAGCGGUGGAGGUAAUUUAACAGCUCAGUACAAAAUACGGCGGAUAUCUGUCGGGGAGAGGCUUGAAGAGGUUGAGGAUGAUGCCGCUCCAAACUGCACCAUUUUGUCGUCCUUUGGCCCAUGUCAGCUAGAGCAGCUGGAUCCCUGUGUGUGCCACGCCCACUUGUGGCACGUGACUGCUGAGAUCACCGAAACUGGGUUUGGCUUGCAUCGUAUCUACGCUGGAAAACUUAACAGUAGUUCUGCAGCGUUUUCUUACGACAAUUUCACAUCUGCGUCUUCACUUACAAACCCGGUGAUGGUAAAUGUGAGCUCUGAUUGUUGUAACCCUCUAGUUUACAUCAACGCGGGGGACUUAGCCGGUAACCUUGGCCAAUGUACCAUAGACCACAGGUUACAUGGAGUUCCCAGUGAGUGUAUUGAAACCACAACGACUACCGAGGACACCACAACCGCGUAUGUUGCGCCGACAACAGGUACGGCGAAGAACCCGGAGGCCACGACCGUUACUGCCACUACCCAUACCAUUGCUGCUACACAAAAUACCGCAACCCCAUCAGUAACCAAUGGUGAAUCAACACUUUCAUUCGAAGUUUCUACUCCCGUUGACGUGUCAGUUACUAUUCCAUCCAAUGAAACAGUUCGACAAGGCUAUUCGAAUAGUCGAUAUGGAGAACCGAAUACCAAUGAGCCUAUCAUCCCAACUUACGGUAUAGCUCUUUUGGUGGUAGGGGUCAUCAUCGUUAUUCUUGGAGGCACAUUGCUCCUUUAUAAGAAAGGAAUUAUUUUCAAAUCUCUUAAUUUACAAAGACGAAUUGCCCCCUGCCAAGAUGUAGAUGUCAUCAAAGCAGACUACGUCGUGGAUGGGAAAAGUUCUGCAUCAGUAAAUGAGAACAACGGUGACUCGAGUGCAUCAGUAAAUGAGAACAACGGUGACUCGAGUGCACCUGAAGCCAAUUUAAACCAUGUACAAAAAGACGUGGUUAUAGAUGAUUUCAUUUAUGUAUAAAAGACAGAAAAGAUUUGCCUGAUAUUUGUACUCGGCCAAAUGACUCCUGAGUACAGUUGGUGCACGGUCUAGAUGUACAUGUACAUGUGCAGUGACCUACUUGUGAUAGAAUCAAUAUUCUCAUUAUCUGGGUUCGCUUUGCUCAGUGUAUCAUUUUCAAAAAUAAAACAUCGUAUUAUAUUGUUAUUUAUCAUUUGUAAAUAUAUGUUUAUAUUUUAAUAAUGAAAAAAAAUUAGAAAAAUUAUUUGAGCUCUAAGGAAUGCACCUUGUAAAGUACACAUAAACUGUUGAACUCGAGAACCGCUUUCUACACUUGUUAAACAAGUGCCAUCAGACAUUACGAACGGCGCGUUUGUAUCAGGUCGUUCUACAUUGUAAUUUGGUUUGACCUUUAAGUUGUGCGCUGUAUGCUUUAUGCUGCUCAUACCAAGUAUUCAU